AUGGCCGCUCCGCCCAACAGCUUGCUUCAUAGCUCUGAACCAGAUGAGAAACUCGAGUCACUCGAUUCGGAACCCGCUACUCGAGACUGGCGGUUCUGGUGCAUAAUCUUCUCCCUCGCGAUAUGCAUGUUGCUCACGGCCAUCGAAUUCACUGCAGUCGGAACAGCACUUCCUGUUAUCGUUCAGGAUUUGAAGGCGGACCAUUUCGUCUGGGUUGGCUCGGCUUAUACGUUGGGAUGUACUGCGUUGAUCCCAUUCUGUGGUGGGCUCGCCCAUAUCUUUGGGCGACGUGCCAUCAUGCUGGCGGCCAUUACUCUUUUCUGCAUUGGGAGUGCGUUGUGUGGCGCCGCGCGCAACAUGAAUGUCCUCAUUGCUGGUCGGACCAUUCAAGGGCUUGGUGGUGGCGCGAUUACUGCUCUCAAUCAGAUUAUUCUCGCAGACCUCGUUCCUUUGCAGGAGCGCGGGUCCUUUAACGGUGUUAUGGCGCUUGCUUGGGGCAUUGGUGGAGGGUCUGGGCCAGUCAUCGGAGGGUCGCUGGCGCAGCGUGGUCAAUGGCGCUGGCUGUUCUAUUUGAACUUGCCCAUCUGUGGAGUCGCCGCUAUUCUGGUUACGGUCUUCCUAAAGCUCAAAAUUCCCAAUAUACCCCUUACAGAAAAAGUGAAACGUCUGGACUGUUUUGGCAACUUGCUCGUCGUGGCUUCGACUACUUCCGUUGUGAUUGCUCUUACAUGGGCGGGAAUCCAAUUUGCUUGGACAUCUGCUAAGGUCCUUGUCCCACUGACUCUGGGAUUACUCGGGAUGGCUUUCGUCCCGAAAUAUCCAAUCGUACCUAUAUCACUCAUCUCAACGCGCACGGCAUUUAGCGGUUAUGCCCAGAAUUUCCUGAACGGCAUCGUUCUUUCGACGCUCUCAUAUUGGCUUUCUGUUUACUUCCAAGCUUGCCGAGACGCUGGGCCAACUGCGGCGGGUGUCGAUGGCUUCGGUCUCUCUUACACCAUUAGCCCGUCGUGCCUACUCUCUGGUCUUGUUGUUCAAAAAACUCUACGGUAUCGCCAGCCUUUGUGGGUUGGAUGGAUGUUAAUGACCAUCGGCUGCGCGUUGUUGGCAACCCUUGACGAAAACUCGGGUCGUUCAUUGUGUUACGGCUUCCAGGCCCUCAUCGGGGUCGGAUUGGGAAUCAUCUAUGUCGUGACCUACUUCCCUGUUUUGGCGCCGAUCCCAGUGUCGCAGAGUGGCCCCGCUCUUGCAUUUUUCACCUUCCUUCGUAACUUAGCCUUGAUCUGGGGUGUCACGAUCGGCGGAACGGUUUUGCAGAAUCAACUCACCAGUCGCCUUCCAGCCGACUUUCUAGCCAAGUUUCCUGGCGGCACGCAGAUUGCUUUUGAGGUCAUACCCACCAUUCGUCAACUUCCGCAACCUCUCAAGGCCGAAGUGCGCCAUGCAUUCGCUAAAUCGUUGCAGGUGUUAUGGAACGUCCUCGCUGGAAUCAGCGGACUCGGCCUGGUGGUGAGCUUGAGCAUGAAACAUCUCCCGUUGCACACCUCGGUUGAUACGGAGUGGGGUCGCAAGCAGCAGGAAGGGGCAAAAGAUUUAUCUGCCAGCUAA